AUGGUAAGCAAAAGUCAAACCAAGUCCCAUGGCGACCAUUCCCAAGGAAUUUGUGGUGGAAGACUCCGUCGACGACAGCAGCGUGAACAAACACCUGCGUAUAGCUACCCCCAAAAUUGGCAGGAACAGGCCGGCAGUCUGUCCUGCACGCUCAGAGCUAACAAGCUACACCAAACGUUUCAAUUGGCCCAAAGACAAACCAGGCUGGGUGAACUGUUUGGGUUUAUUUUACUCUCAGGGAUUUGUCCCUUAGAAGCCAGACAUCUCAGGCGUUACAACACCAGUAAGUUUAACAGCCUAAUCGAGCCAUUAAGUGUCACCGGACUGCAGAUUGUGAGAGCAGCCCUGCUGUUGCAGGGCUUACUCCAGAGUACUUUAAUUAUCUCCGCCCCAAGGAUGCUCCAGGUUCCGCAUCGGGAACACAACCUGGCCUCGACCAAGGCCGUGAUUUUGGUCGGUGGUCCUUCCAGAGGAACUCGUUUCAGGCCUCUGUCGCUUGAUAUUCCCAAGCCUCUCUUUGAAGUCGCCGGCCAUCCAAUCAUCUGGCACGCCCUCAAGGCCCUUGCGAAAGUCCCUGGACUCCGAGAAGUCUACCUGGUCGGCUACUACGACGAGAUCGUCUUCCGAGACUUCAUCAAGGACUCCCACAAGGAGUUUCCCCAUCUGCGCAUCCAAUACCUACGAGAGUACCAGGCACUCGGCACCGCUGGCGGUCUGUACCAUUUCCGCGAUGCUAUUCUGAAGGGCAAACCGGAGCGCUUCUUCGUGCUCAAUGCCGACGUGUGCUGCUCGUUCCCCCUCCUUGAGAUGCUGAAGCUGUUCGAAGAGAAGGAUGCGGAGGCCGUCAUCCUGGGAACGAGAGUCAGCAACGAGGCUGCGACCAACUUUGGUUGCAUUGUGUCCGACUCGCACACCAAGCGUGUUCUGCACUACGUCGAGAAGCCCGAGUCCCACAUCUCGAACCUGAUCAACUGCGGUGUAUACCUGUUUGCGACAGAAUGCAUCUUCCCUUCCAUCCGCAGCGCGAUCAAGCGACGCACCACUCGCCCCCGCCUUGUCUCCUACCCGUCGUCGGAGAAUCUCGAGUCGUCGUUUGUGGCAGAGCAGGAGGAGGAUGCUGAGAAGCCCGAGGUGCUGCGCUUGGAGCAGGACAUCCUCUCCGAUCUCGCCGACAGCAACCGAUUCUUCGUCCACGAGACCAAGGACUUCUGGCGGCAGAUCAAGACCGCUGGCUCUGCCGUGCCCGCCAACGCCCUCUAUCUCCAGAAAGCGUUCCAGGCGCAGUCGGAUGAACUCACUCCCCCGUCGGCGUCCAUUGUGCCGCCGGUCUACAUCCACCCCACCGCGACGGUCGACCCAACCGCGAAGCUGGGCCCCAAUGUCUCCAUUGGCCCUCGCGCCGUGAUCGGGGCGGGAGCCCGGGUCAAAGAGUCGAUCGUUCUCGAAGACGCCGAAAUCAAGCACGACGCCUGCGUGUUGUACUCCAUCAUCGGCUGGAGCAGCCGUGUGGGAGCCUGGGCUCGUGUAGAGGGUUCUCCAACGCCAGUGGGGAGCCACUCUACGAGCAUCAUCAAGAACGGCGUCAAGGUGCAGAGCAUCACGAUCUUGGGAAAAGAGUGCGUCGUCGGAGACGAGGUGCGAGUACAGAACUGUGUUUGCUUGCCGUACAAGGAGUUGAAGAGGGAUGUCGCCAAUGAAGUCAUUAUGUAA